ACUUUAUUUUAUAUGCGCGCCUUGCCGGUGCCAAGCGCGCUUGUCCAGCCGGCGCUGGCGAUGCAAUGCCGCGCGAUCACGGCGGCGACGAAAGCACCUCUGGCCUCUGGAUGAAAGCGUCUCCGGGGCGCCGGGCCGAGAACUACGGCCUGAAGGAUGUGGAGGGCGGACGCGGGACGAUGAGCAGCGCUGAGAGUGCGAGGAGAGCCCGCGGUGCCCGUCUCAGUCUGCUCGGCAAACCGCUGGCGUACGGGGCGCAGAGCGGCCGGCGGAACGCGCGCUACCGGAAACUGCAGAACUACCUGUACAACGUGCUGGAGAGACCGCGCGCCUGGGCCUUCGUCUACCACGCGUUCGUCUUCAUCCUGGUGUUUGGCUGUUUGGUCCUGUCUGUGUUCUCUACCAUCCCAGAUCAUAUGGACCUCUCUAACCACUGCCUACUCAUACUGGAGUUUGUAAUGAUCGUUGUGUUUGGUCUGGAGUACAUCAUUCGCAUCUGGUCUGCUGGAUGCUGCUGUCGCUACAGAGGAUGGCAAGGGAGACUGCGCUUCGCCAGGAAGCCCUUCUGUGUCAUAGACAUCAUUGUGCUCAUUGCGUCCAUUGCUGUUGUGUCGGCUGGCAGCCAGGGAAACAUUUUUGCUGCAUCUGCACUGCGGAGCCUUCGCUUUUUACAGAUCUUACGGAUGGUGCGCAUGGACCGACGAGGGGGUACCUGGAAACUGCUGGGAUCUGUAGUCUAUGCUCACAGCAAGGAGCUGGUAACUGCCUGGUACAUUGGGUUUCUGGUACUGAUCUUCUCCUCGUUUCUGGUUUACUUGGUGGAGAAAGAUUUAAACAAGCAGUUUACCACCUAUGCUGAUGCACUUUGGUGGGGGACGAUCACUCUGACAACUAUUGGCUAUGGGGAUAAGACGCCACAGACUUGGCCAGGUCGGCUCCUGUCCGCAGGUUUUGCUUUACUGGGGAUCUCUUUCUUUGCCCUGCCUGCGGGGAUUUUAGGCUCGGGCUUUGCUCUGAAGGUGCAGGAGCAGCACAGACAGAAACACUUUGAAAAGAGGCGAAACCCAGCUGCCAGUCUUAUACAGUGUGUUUGGCGUAGUUAUGCGGCUGAUGAGAACUCGGUUUCCAUUGCUACCUGGAAGCCUCAUUUGAAGGCAUUGCAUACCUGCAGCCCUACAAAGAAAGACCAGGGCGAAUCCACCAGCAGUCAGAAACUGAGCUUUAAGGAACGUGUGCGCAUGGCCAGUCCUCGUGGUCAGAGCAUUAAGAGCAGGCAGACAUCACUGAAUGACAGACGCUCUCCUGUGACUGAGGUAGCUACAGAGGGGAGCAGCCCGGCCAAGGUACAAAAGAGCUGGAGUUUCAACGACCGAACACGUUUCCGACCCUCGCUCAGGCUCAAGAGUCAAUCACGCACUAUGCCCGAAGCUGACAGUUUGGGAGGAGAGGAAUGUUUUGAUGAGAAGGGAUGUCACUGUGAUGUCACUGUGGAGGAUCUGUCUGCUCCUCUGAAGAUGGUCAUCAGAGCUGUCAGAAUAAUGAAGUUCCACGUGGCCAAGAAGAAGUUUAAGGAGACUCUGCGGCCAUAUGAUGUGAAAGAUGUGAUUGAACAGUACUCAGCCGGGCACUUGGACAUGCUGUGUCGCAUCAAGAGUCUCCAGACUAGGUUGGAUACAAUAGUGGGUCCACCUCAGACCCUGCGCAGCAAAGCCAAGACUUUUUCCUCUCCCUCCCUGCACUCGUAUUACAGCCAAGCCAAGAGGAAGCACUCAGCCCCAGGGGUGGACCAGAUCUUGGGAAAAGGGCAGAUACCCUUGGACAGGAAGAUGAGGGACAGGAUCCUUCCAGAGGGCGAGUCUCUGGAGCAUGACAUGAGCAUGCUGGGACGUGUGUGUAAAGUAGAAAGACAGGUGCAGUCCAUUGAGUCAAAGUUGGACUCCUUGUUGGAUAUCUACCGUCAAGUACUCCAAAAAGGCUCACCCUCAGUUCUGGGCCUAUCAGCUCUUCCUCUGUUUGAGCUGGAGCAGACCUCAGACUAUCACAGCUCCAUUCAGAGCAAAGAUAUCUCCUCCACCCAGCUAAGCAGAAGUGGGAUUUCCCGCUCAAUCAGCGAUAAUCUGCCCUGCAGCCUUCAGCUAGUCCUGGCACCCAGUGAGUUUAAUGUGGGCACUGCUUUCCCAGCAUCCUCCUCCUCUUUUUCUCCAUCUCCACUGCUUCAGAAUCCACCAUCGAGCCCAGACAGUGUGUAUCCAACUUCUCCUCCUCCCAUCCUCACUCCCAACAACCUCUCCAGAGCUCAUUCCAACUUUCCUGAGCUGACCAGGCCUCUUCCUAUGACCACCCCCAACACACACACACUCCAGCUGCCCACUGUGGCUCCACUGCCUCCAAGCAGGCCUACCAGCAUGAUCUCAGAGACGCUGCAAGAAAGCAGUCCCAAUGCUUGUUUGCUUAACACCCAGACUGAAGCUGCUUCAGACAAAGAGGCUAAAUGUUCAGAGAGCACAGUGCAGCUCAGGAGCAAGCCUGAGCGGAGCCCCAAGGAGGAGGGCUCCUGGAGGAGACAUUUGAGUCUCGAAAUUAAUCCACUGGGCUUCACACCUUCAGCAGCAGCCAACCCACUGCAGGCCAACCAGGCAUUGGGGAAGUCACUCUCUGCACAGAACCUCAUGCUGCCUUCAGGCACAGAGUGCCACCCCAACCUCUCUGCUCGAAGUAGCGGCAGCAGCAACAAUGAAUCCAAUGACCGGGAGGCGCUAACAGACUGGGGAGAAACAGAACUCUUCAUCACUGACAAAGAGCUGGCCACCAGCAAGGGGAACUUCAACCUGCUCUCUCAGCAGAGCACAGAUGCUAGCUUCUCAACAGAGCUUGUACAAAUGGUAGCUGGUGGACCAACUCAGAACCAGAUAACACCCUCGGGCAGCUCAGAGUCUCUAAGCGUGCCUCGUUUCCUUAUAAAGUAACACCAACACACACAGCAGCCUCAGCGUGGAGACUGGACACAUCCUGUAAUCCCUUAUUCACUUUUUCUGAAGGAAAGAGGAUGGCAGCUUCACUUCUUGCCUUUUCUAAGUGUCAGCAUCAGUUGCUAAAAAGAUGUGAUGUUCCUCGUAACUUUAUGUUCCUACAUGCCAUUGCAUGGAUAAUUUUGUCAUGAUGGGAAUUUUAAUGAAGUAGAAGGUAUUUAGCAUUAAACAGAUGACAUGAAGGAUUAUGGUACUGAAUGAGCUCUGAUCUCAGUCUUGCAUGUGCACUUGCAUGUUUAAAAUGCAACCACACAUAUAUGAUUGAGAGUAUUUAUGCAUUUGUCGUUAUUGAUUGCCUACUUGGUCUUAGAAUUCAUAUUUGAGUCUCCUUUUUUAUACCAUGCUUUAUUCAGAAAUGUAUGUCUUACUUAAGUCAAAUGUUUCGCCAGUAAAAUAAAUCAAGCAUAAGCACCAUGCAUAUUUGUAGCUAUGUCCAAAAAAAAAGUUUAAACAGGUUCAAAUAACCAGGGUUUAUUUUCUUUCAUGUGACUGCCUAGAAACCUGCAUCAAUACCAUCAACACUGACUUCUUUAGAUUGUUUUAAUACAUUUUUAUUGUGUAGCCUCAUAUAUUACAUAAUUUAUCUCACAACUGUAUUCUGUUUUAUUCUGUAGCCCACCGCAGUCUUAAAGUCAACCUAAAAUGCUGCUUACCAUUCUUCUACUAGCUGGUUAUCAAUAUAACUUCAAUAAGAAUGUAACACAUAUAUGAUGUCAGUAUCUGUUUGUAUAUCAUGAGACAAGCCUACUUGUGUUGAAGGAUUUCUGGAGCUGUGCAAAGCCUCUGGUACACACUGAGGAUAUUCCUGGCACUGUAGCUUACAACAGUUGGAAGCACAAUUGUUCAAAGAAUUACAAGAAACCUGCAAAUGUGAUGAAAGGUUUUUACAUAAUUCAUAUUUGUAAUCCAGAUAUAUGGACCUGAUGGUACAGUAGACUCUGGAUGUCGAUUUGUGUUCCAUCAAUUUACUAUAGCAUACAUAUAUUUGAGUUGCAGAAAAAUAUUGUAGAUUAAUGUUAAUAAUUAACACACUUUAGGUUAUUUUUAACAAAAUGCUUCAUGGUGCCUUUUUGCAUAGUUCUU